AAAGGAUUGCGCGAAGUGCCGGGAAUUUGAAGCUCGACGCUGCGGGCGCAGAAUCGGCUGAUUUUCGGAUUUCCCGAGUCGUCGUCCACUUGGAAGCCUGAGGCUGUGCUCGGAUUCGCGUGCUCGAGGAGGAGGCUGCUGCUGCUGGACUGGAGAGGGGAUUGAGCUCGAGCUCGAGCUUGAGCUUGAGCUGUUUUUGGGAUGGACGACGAAGGGACAGGAGAGAAGGAGGAUGAAGGAGAGAAGCGAGAGAUCGGUAAGCUCGCCGUGUGGAGUGUGAGCUCCUUCAAGCCUGGAAACGGCGUCGAUCUUCUCCGAGAUUCCAACAUCGAGACUUACUGGCAAUCCGACGGAGCGCAACCGCAUUUGGUUAACAUCCAGUUUCAGAAGAAGGUUCGUCUGCAGCAAUUGGCUUUGUACGUGGACUUCAAGCUUGAUGAGAGUUACACCCCGAACAAGAUUUCUGUUCGUGCCGGCAAUUCAUUCCAUGACCUUAGAGAAAUCAAGGUGGUGGAGUUGGCUGAGCCGAUAGGUUGGGUAUACAUCUCCUUGUGUCCAAGUGACUCCAAGGAGUUUCUUCGCGCAUUUUUAGUACAGAUUGCUGUGUUGUCGAACCAUCAGAAUGGCAGAGACACUCAUAUACGUCAAAUCAAGAUUUACGGACCCCGGCAGAACACUGUCAUCGGUCAUCCAUUCCAAUUCACUACGAUGGAAUUUAGUGCUCGUUCCACAAUCCGAUAGUGUUUCGGCUCGCCUAGUUUUCGCCACCGAGUUCAGAUUCACACGAGUGAGGUCAUCUUGUAAUGACAAUUUUACCUUUGACCCUGUGUCAAGAAUGUAGUCGAUCCUCCACCCUUAAGAGCUGGUUACAACGGAAAGAAUUAGGUUUCCAAUUUGAUUCCAACUUGAGAUUCCUUAGUCUGGAUCCAGUUGGAAGUUUUGUACAGGAUAUGAAGGACUAGUCAGGUAAUGAUAUGGAGUGAAAAAAUGCAGUGUCUCUGGAAUGGCAAUGAAAGAUAGACUGUUCAUAUUUUGAUCUGCUCUGUUCACUCAGCGUCACAGAGCAUAUGUGUGGUUGGAAAGAAAGUUUGUCAUUUAUCAUUACAAAUAUCUUUUUCCAGCCAAAAAUUGC